CCAUGAAACCAUAAUAUUCAUCACUAAAUCUUAUAAUUCAUAUAAUUUUAGACAACAUUUUUCAUAUAUAUUUUUCUUCUCAAGUUCCAACUAAAGGGUAAGGAAAAAAAAAUGUCAACUACUAUUGAAGUGGGAGAAUCAUCAUCAAGAAAAAUUGCUAAGGAAAAAACACCAUUGAUUGGUGCACCAAAAAGGGGAGGAGGAUGGAAGAAAGGGGUGGCAAUAAUGGACUUUAUUCUAAGGUUAGGUGCCAUAGCUGCUGCUCUUGGUGCUGCUGCCACCAUGUCAAUGGCGGAUCAAAUUUUACCUUUCUUCACUCAGUUCGUUCAGUUUGAAGCAAGCUAUGAUAACUUCUCUGCUUUUCAGUUCUUUGUUAUUUCAAUGGCAUUUGUGGGUGGUUACUUGGUCCUAUCACUGCCUUUCUCUAUAGUAACCAUCAUACGCCCCCAUGCAGUUGGACCAAGACUUUUCCUCAUCAUUCUAGACAUGGUGUUUCUUACUCUAGCAACUGCAAGUGCUGCUGCAGCGGCCGCCAUAGUAUACUUAGCACAUAAUGGGAACCAAGACUCUAACUGGCUUGCCAUAUGCAAUCAGUUUACAGAUUUCUGUCAACAAACAAGUGGAGGUGUGAUCUCAGCCUUUGUUUCAGUGGUUCUACUUUUGUUCUUGGUUAUUAUGACAGCUGUGGCUCUUAGGAGUCAUUAGAAAGAUUUGAAAGAAACUUGCAUGUAACAUUCUAGCUUGGGCUAAGUUAUUUGUGCUGUUUGUUUUUGUUUGUUCUGUUUCCCAAGUCUUAAUUCCUUGGGUUGUAACUUGUAAGGUUUGAUUUCAUGGAUCAUCAAAUUGAUUACUUGCAUUAAUUUGGUCCUAAUCAAGUUAUGUCUUCAAUUUUCCUUCCAA